UCAUAAAGAUGUCGCUCGUUGUUCCUGAGAGGAAUCAGUUCCAGCACAUUAUCCGUCUUCUCAACACCAACGUUGACGGUAAGAACAAGAUCGUCACCGCCUUGACUUCCGUCCGCGGUGUGGGUCGUCGUUUCGCCAACAUUGCCUGCAAGAAGGCUGAUGUUGACCUCAACAAGAGAGCCGGUGAAUUGAGCAACGAAGAGUUGGAGCGCAUUGUCACCAUUCUCCAGAACCCUGCUCAGUACAAGAUCCCCAACUGGUUCCUCAACAGACAGAAGGAUAUUGUCGAUGGUAAGAACUCCCAGGUCAUCUCCAACGUCUUGGACACCAAGCUCCGUGACGAUCUUGAGCGCCUGAAGAAGAUCCGUGCCCAUCGUGGUCUCCGUCACUACUGGGGUCUCCGUGUCCGCGGUCAGCACACCAAGACCACUGGUCGUCGUGGCAGAACCGUUGGUGUCUCCAAGAAGAAGUAAAAAAAUGCAUAAACAGUAUUUUCAAAAUAAAGCCUCAUGUUUUAACCUUCAAACCUUUUUGUACAACAAUAAUUUGUGAAAUGUGAAAUGUGAUAUGAAAUUGUGAAAUAUGAAAUGUGAAAAAGAGUUAUGAACACUUU